AUGCAGGUAUUUACGCAAAAACGGAACCCAAUUACUGGCGGUACGGAAUGGGACGUUCAGCACGAAGACUAUGAUUAUCACCAAGAGAUAGCUCGUUCAGCAUUCGCUGAUAUGUUGCAUGAUACUGAGAGAAAUAAGAAGUAUCAAAGAGCCUUACAGUUAGCUAUAGAAAAGAUGCACAAUCUCGGCAAGAAGGCUAAUGUAUUGGAUAUAGGUACUGGAACAGGUUUACUAUCAAUCAUGGCAGCGAGGUCUGGAGCGGACAGUAUUACUGCAUGUGAGGCUUUUAAACCAAUGGCAGAAUGCUGUAUUAAAAUCCUUGAACGUAAUGGAGUUAAACACAAAAUAACAGUUAUCCCGAAGAGAUCAACAGAAUUAAUAGUCGGAGAAGAUGGGGACAUGAAGGAAAAAGCUAAUAUAUUAGUUACAGAAGUGUUUGAUACUGAACUAAUUGGAGAAGGUGCUAUCUCUACAUUUUCACAUGCACACAAGUUUUUACUUGAAGAAGACUGUAUUGUGAUUCCCGACUCAGCCGUCAUAUAUGCUCAAGUUGUUGAAUGUCCUGCACUUCAGAAAUGGAAUAAACUUAAUGACUUGGCUGAUGAAGAUCUACAACUAAUUUUACGAACACCUCAAAAAAUGAAAGAUUGUGCUGGAACAGCCGCAGUUCACGAUCUUCAACUAUCUCAGUUACCUCGACAGGCUUUCAAGGAGUUGUCAGAUCAAAUACCAAUCUUUUAUUACGAUUGGUCAGGUCGUUCACCCAUUGACAAAAACAGAACAGUGAAACAACAGUUUGUUGUCACAAACACUGGGAUAGCACAAAUAGUUUUUAUGUGGUGGGAGUUAAAUAUGGAUACCGAAGGUAAAAUAUGUCUAAGUUGUGCGCCAUGGUGGGCACAUCCAGAUGCGAAUUUAUCGUGUGAAAGACCACAAGACUCAAUUCCUUGGCGUGACCAUUGGAUGCAAGCCGUGUAUUACUUACCAAAAGAAAUAACUGUUCAAAAAGGCUCUGAAAUAUCCUUGGUCUCCUGUCAAGAUGAAUAUUCAUUAUGGUUUUAUGUUGACGACGGCAAAACCAUAUAUAAAAACUAUAAAAGGCCUAUAUGUGAAUGUGGCGUUCAUAUGGCAUUAUCAAGAACACAUGUGUCCUAUUUGAAUGAUGGCAGGAGAAGUAAAAAAUAUUUGGCACAAUUAAGGGAAGAUUUACCUAAAAACGCUGUGGUUUUAGACUUAAAUGGGAGCAGUUUUAUCGGUCUAGCUUCAAGUAAAAUGGGAGCUAAAACUGUAUAUGUAUUGGAGAAUUCAAAUCUGAAUGUAUCAAUUUUAAAUGAUUAUAUAAAAGAAAAUGAUUUACAAAAUGUUGAGAUUAUAUCGGAAGUCACAGAUGAUAUUUUGCAUAGUGUAACAAAUGUCAUAGGUGAUCCUAAUUUCAGUAGUGCUAUAUUGCCAUGGGAGAAUCUGAAAAUCGCCUAUUUAUUAUACAAAUAUAGAAGUAAAUUAAGGGAUAGUGUUGUGAUAAUGCCAGAUUGUUGUGAGUUUUGGGCUAUGCCGGUCGAGUUUCAAGAUUUACAUAAAAUAAGAAUACCAUUAAAUAAAUGCGAGGGUAUUGACAUGACGAUAUUCGAUAAUCUAGUUGAGAGUUCCCGUAUAAUAAGUGACGCUGAUAUCGAAGCGCAGCCUCUAUGGGAAUACCCUUGUAUAUGUCGUGGAGAGGCGCGGAAAAUUAUUGAAGUCAACAUGUCAGAUCUCAAACCUACGAUUGCUUGUGAUGGCGCUUAUAAAGUUAGUGACAAUGAAGAUAAUGAUUCAAAACCAGUUAAUGGUUUUGCUAUAUGGUCGGUUUGGCGAGUAGGCGGGAAACCUAUCAGUAGUGGCCCAAUAGAUUGGCCCAAUGUUGGACAAAGAGUUGAAUGGGACAUGCAUACAAGACAGGCUGUUAAGAUAUUUAAAAAAACCUGCUCAAUAAAUUCUUCAGACAAGUGGAACUAUCAAGUGGCUUGUGAUUUGAAGACAGGAGAGUUCAGCCUUAACAUCAAUUGGGAACAAUAG